CCUCCUACCCGUGAGUAGAAGGCUUGCUUUGAACAAACAAGGUAGAGCACUAGAGCACAAUACUGCUUCUAGGCCCUCUCUCCUCCACCCUCCCGAUGGCCACCGCCGCCGCGGCCGCUCGCCGCCUAUUCCGUCCGUCCUUCCCCUCCUCCGUAUCAAAUACCAGCCGGCUCCUCUCCUCCACCGCUUCCCCAUCACCUCACCGCAGCCCCAAUACUAAUUCACCCGUCGCCUUCGACUGGUCCGACGACGAUGCCGACAACCACACGACACCUCUACCGCCGUCCACGGCAAAGAUCUCCGAGCUGCCUCCCCCCUACGACCCCUUUAGCAAGAAGCCCACCCUCGCCGAUCCGUCGGACCCCACCAACCUACAGGAGAUCUUCCACCGGAUGCGCACCGAGGGCCUCACCGACUACGCCAUCAAGAUGUUCGACGGAUUGUCCAAGGACGGGCUCACCCACGAGGCUCUCGCGCUCUUCGCUGUCAUCAAGGACAAGGGCGCCAUGCCCGACGUCGUCGCCCAUACCGCCGUUCUCGAGGCCUACGUCAACGCCGGCCCCGCGCACUGGCGCGACGCCGUGCGCACCUACGACCGCAUGCUCGCGUCGGGCGUCAAGCCCAACGCAUACACGCUGGCCGUGCUCGUCAGGGGGCUCUCGGCCAGCGACCGGUGCUCAGAGGCCGGGAGGUACCUGGUGGAGAUGCUGGACCGAGGGAUGCGGCCGAAUGUGGCGACGUAUAUCGCCGCGUUCGAGGCGUACGUGAGGGCGGAGAAGGUGGAGGAGGGGAAAGUGCUGCUGGAGACGAUGAAGGGAAAGGGCUUCGUGGCAGACGAGGAGGCGGUGCGCAGUGGCACAGUAAAGCGCGGGCAUUUGUUCAGGGGCGUCAUGAACUUACUCUUUGGCAAUUGAUUGUGGUGCUGUCAUUGCUGCUCAGCAUGAGGACACACUGGAUUGCUUAGUUUCCUCUGCACGGGAGUGUUGGUUUCCUUAGCUACUUCCAAAAGGGAUUCUUGUGGGCAUCAUAUGCCGCCACGCGCAAUUCAAAGUUCGUGUGUCCACAUGGUGAGUCCAUGUGGCCAUCCCAAACAGCAAAACUGGUUUUUAGCUUCUUUUUUUCCCAUGUAGGCAUAACCAGGAAUUAUGGGCAACAAAAGGUGAAAAAUAAUCUGUUUUAAGGAACGUGGGGAGUUAUUCAACCAAAUCAAACUUUAGGUGGUUAAUUGGACUCUGGAAUACUACAAGGGAGUAAAGUGGACUAUAACCUUAGGAAAAUCUAAAAUUAUAAACUACGAAUACUUGGCAAUUCUAAUUUAACUUUCAUAAUUGCCUGUCUAAACCUAAGCUAUGAGGUGGUCAAUUUUUUUCUAGUACUGGGAAAAUAUUGAGAUUAUGCACGACCUGAGGUUUGUAAACAGUAUAUACUAGGUAAAGGUAAUUUUGCUUUUGAUUGGCAAUUCUAUUGCAUAUUUACUAAAAUGUAUUGUUCUCUUGUACUCAAUAUAUGGCCAAAACCGUAGUGUAGUUUUGGUACAUUCUGUGUUCUGGUUUCCCAUGUAGAAUUAGGCCUCCAACAAUGCCAACUCAGCUGUCUAUUAGCAUGUACAUGACAUUGUGUGUAUGUGGAGGAAAGAGAAAGGGGGGAAACAUCCAAGCUAUCUGUUAUUUCCCUGCUAGUCUCGCUCAGAAAACGAGGGCACAAGAGUCAACUUAAUCAUCUGCUACUAACUCUUUUCCGACUCUUCACUAUCUUCUAUACACAUGCUCCAUCUUGUAUACACAUGCAGUCAUUAAUUAAAAGCAAAAGGAGACAAUGUUGGAGACAGUCCAUUGGAGAAAUUAGCUUUAAUGGUAUAUCUUAGAUGACAUGUAUUGUCUAGAGCUAGAACUAUGUCUAACUGUUCACCAAAUAGAUUCUAGGCAAAUGCGAAUCCACCCUUUGGUCCUUGUGAGAAGGCAAGCAUGGAUUGUUAUGAAGGUUUUUGGCCCAUACCUUUGAAAUAAGCUUGCCAUUUUCUUCA